UCCCCAAGCAAGAAUCCUCUGCUCUUUCUCUGUUUCUUCCUCCCCCAUCAGAUUCUCUGCACGGUGGCGAAAUCCGUUUGUUCAAACCCGAAAGAAAGAAAUUUCCUUUUCUGUUUUUGUUACCGGCAUGGAUGUUUCCACGACGACAGCGGCGAAACCGCCUCAAAUCUCGGAGAUGUUCCAGAAGUUUGCAAUGGCGUUCAAGAGCAAGACCUUCGAGUUCUUUGCCGACGACGAAAAUGACCCUUCUGAUUCCGACGGGUUCGCGCUGUUGGAUUCGGCUGAGGAUUUCAUUCCGGACCAGAAAGUGGUCGUGAUCAAACCGGACCCACCUGCUUGUUCGUCGACUUUCAAAGGGAGUGACCAGAAGAGAAUCGUUGAUACCCAGAAGGGAGAGGCGUUGGUUAUGUCGAUUUUCGCUACGGUUUCUAUGUUUGAGGCUUCGUAUCUUCAGCUACAGACUGCCCACGUGCCGUUUGAGGUGGAGAGUUUGAAGGCGGCUGACAAGGCUCUGGUCUCGCAUCUUCAGAGGCUGUCUGAUUUAAAGCAAUUGUGCAGGGAUUUGUGUAGGAAUCCUGAUUCUGAGUCUGGUUUGUCUUUUGGGUCUUGCUUGGAGGCUCAGGUGCAAGAGAAUCAGAGCAAGCUGAGGACUCUUGGGAUGGUUUCCGAUCGGCUACAGGAGGAGAUUGAUCAUAAGGAUAUUGAAGUUUCGGCUUUGAGGAAAAAACUGGCUGAGAUUCAGAGGGCUAAUGCCAAAUUGUCUCAAAGAUUGUCGGGUAAUUUGAGUUCUGCUUGUGAUAUUCUGUUGUCUGUUAAGGUUUUUGAUUCCGUGUUGCAUGAUGCUUGCAGAGCAACGCAUAAAUUUUGCAAGAUUUUGAUUGAUUUGAUGAGAAAAGCUGGGUGGGAUUUGGAUUUGGUAGCAAAUUCGGUUUAUCCUGCUAUGGAUUAUGCAAGGCAAGGGGACAACAGAUACGCCUUUUGGUCCUAUGUUUGUUUGGGGAUGUUUCAGGGCUUUAAUUUAGAAAGCUUUGGUUUGAGUGAAAGUGCAGCUGUGUAUAAUGGACAUGCUUCAGAGGCUGUUAAGAGCACUUGUUCAUUGCAGCAAUUGCUCGAACAUGUGUCGAGCAACCCAAUGGAGUUGCUUAGUAUGAACCGCAACUGUGACUUCUCAAGAUUUUCUGAAAGGAAGUACGAAGACCUUAUUCAUCCCACAAUGGAAUCAUCAAUUUUCAGCAAUUUGGAUAGAAAUGAAGCUGUAUUGAAGUCUUGGAGGUCACUAAGCAUAUUCUACGAGUCGUUUGUCAAUAUGGCCAGUUCAAUAUGGCUGCUUCAUAAGCUGGCAUUAUCAUUUGAUCCUGCAGUUGAGAUAUUUCAAGUUGAAAGAGGGGUUGAUUUUUCAUUGGUCUACGUGGAAGAUGUUACAAAAAGAUAUAUGCAUUCUGACAAGACUAAGCUGAAGGUAGGCUUCACUGUGUUUCCUGGAUUUAAAGUUGGAAGGACUGUGAUUCAGUCUAAAGUCUAUUUAAGUGGUCUGAGAUGUACAGAAUAGUUGCUCUUGGGCUCUUGGCUACCCUGUGUAGAGAAUUUAGUAACAGCAAUCCUGCUUCUCCAUGUGGAAAAUUAGAGGUAAAGAGAGGUUGUUUAGGCUUUGUUCAAGUAUUUGUGAUGCAAUCCUUGAGGGGUAGGAUUGUUGAUAAAUGAUAAUGACUCUAGAAUCCCAAGGAUUCUAGUACAGUUGUAUUGGCUUCCAACCUUGGUUUAUUGGGCUCUAGAAGACUCUAAAACACUUUCUGGAUGUCAUUUAUAUAUAAACACUUGAAGACUGCUAAUUCUGUUGCUGCCUUGCUGCUUAGCACACUUGGCUCUAGGGAGUGAUUGUGGUAUGGCAGCUUCAUAGCAUCAUUUGAUACAUAGGCAUAGCAUUUUUUUUUUUUAAUCUUUUCUUAUACAUAGGCAUAGCUGGCUUCCGUCCUGUGAAUUUGUUUUCUUAUAAUUUUCAUGUGAGUUCCUUGUAUAAAUGGCUCUAAAGCUCUUCUCUUUUUGCCCUUUUUUUUUAACCCUUUUUUUCUUUCUCUUAAGCUUUAUUAGUUCUUUUUUUAAUACAAGAUAAUAGAUUAA